AUGGAUUCCUUUUCUGCUCAUUUGCUGGAUUCAGUCAAACGCCAUCUUGGUGAAAAGAAGACUGAUAUUGCAAUAAUUCCCGGGGGGUUGACAUCUCGUGUACAGCCUCUUGACGUAGCAAUCAAUAAAUCAUUUAAAUCAAAGGCAA